AACUCCCUCUCUCACGGGAAAGAGAGAAACGUGGCAGGGUGCAAGAGGCACGGGGCGUUUUGGCUGCGCUUCCCACUUCCCCAGGGGCACCAGCCGGGCAGGGGUGGGCGCACAGGGAGAGGCAAGAGCCCCACACGCCCACCGCCUCCAUCCGAGCCUGGCUGGCUGUAAUCAGGGACCAGAGCCCGUCCCGGCGACCGCCAAGGAGUUAAGGGCUGAACCCGCCCCGGCUCUGCCCCGCCGGCGCCUGCGCUCGGGGGCGGCGGAGGCGCAGCGCCGGGUCGUGGCGGGGGUUGGGGCUUCGCCACCGGGCCAUGAGCACUGCGCACCCCACCGGCCUCUCGUCCCCGUCGCUAGCAGCGCCGGGCCGAGCCGGACCGGGUGGCGGCGGAGCCCCCCCAGCGCCGUGCUCUGGGGGGAUGUGAACGGCGCUGGGGGUGCUCGGCGGGGCCGAUAUGGAGCGGGAGAAGCUGCCGCGAAGGCUUGGGAUGGCACUGAGGGGGGAACGGGUCGAGGAAGGAGAGGGGGAGGCGGCGGGGCCGUGGCCGGGCUGCGGGAGGCUGCGGCCCUCCUCGUACCGGGCGCUGCGCAGCGCCGUCUCCACCCUGGCGCGCAUCGACGAUUUCUACUGCGAGAAGAUCGGGGCCGGCUUCUUCUCCGAGGUCUUCAAGGUGCGGCACCACCAGUCUGGGCAGAUCAUGGUGCUGAAGAUGAACAAGCUGACAAGCAACCGGGGCAACAUGCUGCGGGAGGUGCAGCUGAUGAACCGCCUCUCACACCCCAACAUACUCAGGUUUAUGGGGGUGUGUGUGCACCAGGGGCAGCUGCACGCACUGACGGAGUAUAUCAACGGCGGCAACCUGGAGCAGCUGCUGGACAGCCCUGUGCCCCUUUCCUGGUCCACACGCGUCCAGCUGGCCCUCGACAUUGCCCGUGGGCUGCACUACCUGCACUCCAAGGGCAUCUUCCACCGUGACCUCACCUCCAAGAACUGCCUGGUGCGCUGCGAGGCCAGUGGCUACACAGCUGUGGUGGGCGACUUCGGCUUGGCGGAGAAGAUCCCCACCUACAGCGAGGGCAGUGAGAAGGAGCCGCUGGCUGUGGUGGGUUCCCCGUACUGGAUGGCGCCUGAGGUGCUGCGAGGGGAGAUCUACAAUGAGAAGGUGAUGCUGCAUGGGGCCGUCUGCAGGGUUUGCAGCCCUGGGGUCAGCUGGGCACACAGAGGGGCAUGGAGGGAUGGGAACAGGCAUCCCCAGGGUGCCGAAGAGGUGGGGACCCAGUGCCGCUCUGCAGGGAGAGCUCACAGAAGCAGGGGCACAUCACCUUGGGCUGCAGGACCCCCCAUGACUCCCCUCUCUUUGCAGGCUGAUGUGUUUGCAUAUGGCAUCAUCCUGUGUGAGACCAUUGCUCGUGUCCCCGCGGACCCCGACUACCUGCCCCGCACCGAGGAUUUUGGCCUGGAUGUCACUGCUUUCCACACCAUGGUGGGACUUGACUGCCCAGCGGCCUUCCUCCAGAUGGCGUUCCACUGCUGCAGUAUGGAGCAGACCUCCCGCCCCUCAUUCCUGGAAAUCACACAGUGCCUGGAGGGCAUCCUGCAGCACCAGCUAGGCACCGAGGGUUUUGGGGCCCCCCUCUUCAGCACCAGGGACAGCCUGCCCGUGCCCAGCAUGGCACCCAUUCUCAAUGCUCUGCUCCCCCAUGACGCCCGAGCCAGCCGUAGAGGUGCAGUGUGACUUCUUGGUGCCUGUCUCAGCCCCCCACAAGUGCCACUCGCUGCCCACCUCCCCUGAGCUGCCCUGCCACGGGGGCCUGGCACUGGGCGUGGAGUCUCCUGCCCAGCCCCCCAGCCCGAAGUGGAGCCGGGAGGAUGCUGGGGAGCCGGGAAGUGGGACUCACGCCUCCCCCCCAGUCCCACAGCGGAGGAGCAGAUGGACCACAGUCCCAAGCUGCUGCAGGUCUGUGCUCUGGCACAUGCCACCAGCAAAUUCAUCCACACGGCGGCCUCAGGUGCCCGGCCCUGGCAAAUGAAGCUGUGGGUGCCCAAUGGGCUGCUCAUCAACAACAACCAUGUGGUGGUCAGCAAGCCACUGGCCGGGGGCAGCAGGUUGGAGAGUGGCUUCUCCCAGCUCAGCAUUCCCUGUGCGGCAGCAGCGCUGGAGCAGACGGAGCACGUGGCCAUGCUGCCCGGGCACAGCACUGGCACUGCGUUGGAGCAGGACGAGGUGCUGUCCUGCCCCGGCUGCUGCUUGGGGCCUUUCAGCUUCACCUCUGUUUGCCACCGGCCUGCGCCCAGCCCUCCCCACUACCAGAACCUGAACUGCGAGGCCAAGAGCCUCCUCUGCCACGACCAUGGCCGCCUCCAGAAACCCCGGGGGCUGAUGCUGGCAGAGCCCAGCCUGAAGCUGCCAGGAGCGCAGUCCUAGUGCUGGGGACUACAACUGCAGCCAGGUGCUCCUGGGAGCUCCCCUUGCAUGUGGGGUGGCUUUGUGAGCCUGGGGUUUUGUGUCCUGUUCCCCCCUCCAAUGAGUCUGUCCUUGCUCACCUGGUGGCCAUGAUGGCAAUGCUGAGGUGCCUGUUCCAAUGGGAUUGGCCUCGGGGGGGGGGGGGGGGGGGGGGGGGGCUGCAGGCAGCACCCGGGCAGGCUGGCUUCUUGCAGGGGUCCCAGUGGGGCUGGGCUGAAGUGCAAUAACACCGCUGCCCUAGGCGGCAGGGCCCAUCCCCUAUCCCCAAGGGCUCACCCCUCAGUGGGCUCUUGCAGCCCCCUGGGACAGGGGAUGGGGGGGAUGUCCCACUGCCUCCCCACAAGUGUGGGGAACAUUCCUAGUCCCCCACAGGGGCAUGCGGAGUAGUGAUGUUAGGGGGGGUGCAGCACGGGGGGAGGGUGCCACCGCUUGGGUUUCCCUGGACGCUGAGCCCUCUGGCACGCAGGGCACCCUCCUGCCCCAACACCACACCAGGGUUGCGGGGACACAUCUGUGUUGCCCCCCACCAGCAGCGGGCACCCCGUGCCCCUCCCAGUGCCUCCUGGGUAGCCAGGGGGACAAGGGGGGAUACACCCAGCAAGGAUGGGAGCCAGCUUUCCUCCCUCCCGCAUAAUGCACUGGUGAAUGUAAAAUUCUUGCGUUUUUUAUUAUUGUUAGUAAUAAUUGCUAGUAAUAUAUACCCAGCUUAUUUAAAGUGUUCAAUAAAAAUGAAUGUCCCAGCGAGCUAGGUUGCCACAUGUGUCUCUCGAAUGCGCUGAGCAGGGUGGGGAGUCCAGACCCCGAGGGUGACAGGGACUUGGUCUGGCUGUGUCCCCUGGGGACCGUGAGUCAGCUCUGGCUCAGUGCCUCCCAAGUGGCAACCUCAAUUAAGGCAGCUUUAGUGAAAUUCCAGUUUCUGGUUUGGGAUCGUUGGCUUUGUGUCCUGAGGUCUGUGUCGGGGUGGUAAAGGCAGAAGCAAACAGCAGACAAGCUGUCUCUUUAUUUGCUACAAAGGAGGUUCAGCCAGUGGACAAGACAGAGGAGUGGUGCACCUCCAAAACACCUGCCUUUAACAGCCCUGUGCUCUUCAAGCAAAGUGGUUUACAUACUAAUUAAUCGGUAUUGAGACAGAGAACAAGAUAAAGGAUGUUGAUUCCUAGGUCUUAGCUAGCACAAUUGUAUGUUAACGACCCCAAAGAUAAGGGAGUAAAAGACUAUGCAUAGAUAAUGGAACCAGCAAGAACUGAACCAAGUGUAUCUGGGAGUUUGGGCUACAGGAGUACCUGGGAGAGUACUUGGAAAAAAAAUGAUUUAAAGGAAAAUGCUCCCAAGAUAUGCCAAAAGCAAUACCCACUAAAGGUGGGAGACAGAAGGGGAAUGGAAGGAAUAAUUAAUAACUUUCUUAAAUAUGGACAAUUAGUAGAAUGUGAGUCAGACUAUGAUACUCCAUAUAGGCCCAAUUAGAAAGGCAGAUGGAACCUACCGUAUAGUCCAGGAUUUAAGGGCCAUCAAUAGGAUCACAAAAGAUUUAUACCCUGUAGUAGCCAACCCCUAUAACCUUUUGACAAAAUUAGAAAAGAGUCAAGUUUGGUCCACGGUACUAGAUUUAAAGGAUGCCUUUUUUUGCCUGCCCGCGGCAACUGAAAGCCAGAAACUCUUUGCCUUUGAAUGGGAAAAUCCCAAUACAGGAUGAAAAACUCAGCUUACUUGGACUGUGUUACCACAGGGGUUCAAGAAUAGCCCCACCAUAUUCGGGAAACAACUAGCCUGUGAUCUUGAAGCUUGGAAAACCCCUUCAGGAAAAGGGGACACUGCUGCAAUAUGUAGAUGACCUGUUGAUAGCUACCAAAGAAGAAAAGGAAUGUGUAGAAUGGACUAUUAGUUUAAUAAAUUUUUUCGGCACUAAUACUGUGAACCCAGCCUCUUUCCUUAAGUAACAGAGUUUCCAGAUCACCCAUUCAUGAUUGCAUCAAGACCAUGGAAACAGUCUCCAGCCGACCAGACUUAAAGGAUACACCCCUAGAAGAUGCGGAGGAUUGGUAUAUAGAUGGCAGCAGCUUCAUCUGCCAGGGAGUUCGCCUCGCAGGGUAUGCGGUAACAACGCUUAAUAAGGCAGUUGAGGCAAAGCCUCUUUCCCCUGGAACAUCAGCCCAAAAAGCAGAAAUCAUCGCCUUGAUAAGAGCUCUUGAGCUGGCAAAGGGGAAAAGAAUUAACAUUUGGACAGAUUUGAAAUAUGCCUUUGGUGUGGUGCGUGCACACGGGGCAAUUUGGAAGGAGAGGACUCUUAUCAUCCUCGAUUAAACAUGCAGAAGAGAUACUGAAGUUACUUCAAGCAGUAUACCUGCCUAUUAAAGUUGCCAUUAUGCGCUGUAAAUGGCAUCAAACAAGGGAUACUGAUAUUGGAAGAGGAAAUAGAUUGGCUGAUGCAGGAGCCAAAGGGGUGGCAGAACGGGCAUCUGAGAGUCAAAUUUUGGCACUAGUACCAGGAAGAGAAAACCAGGCAUUAACAAAAGCCUUAGAAAAUGAAGUAGAAUAUUCUAAGAUCGAUAAGCAAUUAAUUGAAGAUGUAAAUGGAAAAUGUUACCUACAGGUUUAGCACAAAUAAAUGGUGGGAGAAUCGUGAUACCAUAUUAUAUUAGAUGGUAAUUGGAGAACAUAAUAAAACAUACUGGGGAGCUGAAAUAUUACAACAGUUUUUAAGUAGAAAAUGGAUAGGACCUAAUUUGUAUACCAUUGUCAGACAGGUAUCGAAACAAUGCGUCGUAUGUCUUAAAAAUAACCCACAGACAGAAAUCAAACCCCAAAUGGGAACAAAAGAGAAGGGAAAUGUUCCUGGGAAACAGUGGCAAAUUGAUUUUUUUCAAACUCCCAAGAAAAGGGAUGUUGGUACUAACAGACACCUUUUCCAGAUGGCCAGGAGCAUUCCCAUGUAGAACUAACAAAGCCAGAGAAGUGUCCAAAGUAUUGUUGAAUAAAAUUAUACCAAGAUUUGGUGUACCCUCAGUAAUGUCAUCUGACAGGGGACCGCAGUUCACUGCAGAACUGACCCAACAAGUCAGCAAAGUGCUGGGGAUUGAUUGGCAAUUAUACACUCUGUAUAGGCCACAGGGGAGUGGCCAAGUUGAAAAAAUGAAUCAUUUGAUAAAACAACAGAUUGCUAAAAUCUGUCAAGAAACCAAUAUGUAUUGGUAUCAGGCACUACCCAUGGCACUUCUUAGAAUUAGAACAAGGCCUAGGACCAAGGAAAAACUAAGCCCCUUUGGGAUAUUGUAUGGCAGGCCUUACCAAAUGCCAUACAAAGGAGAAGAUCUAACACAAGUAGGAAACCAGUAUUUAUGACAACAUAUUAUAGUUUUGGGCAAGCAACUAGAACAAAUCAAUAAGAACAUUUUAGGCACUAGACCUUUUAUUAGCCUCCCAAGGGGGAGUAUGCACUUUAAUAAAUAUUUGUUGCUGUAUGUAUGUAAAUGAGGCAGGACGAAUUGAGACUGAUCUCAAAAAAUAUUUGGAAAAGACCAAGAUCUUACAUAAGGUAGUUCAAGAUGACACCUCGUGGGGUUUUUGAGAAUUAUGGAACAAACUGACCUCUUGGUUACCCAACUUUUAUUGGCUUAAGCAAUUGUUUGUAGGAAUAUUGAUCUUGCUUAUACUAGUAUUCUUAACCUGUGUAUUAGUACAGUGUGCAUUUUGGUGCUGUAUAAAAGGACUAAAUGAUUAUGAAACCUGGAAGUGUAACCGAAUCAAGCACCAUGUAGAAACUGAUAAGAAUUUUAUGAAAACUUUGAAUCAAGGAGGAGUGCUAUAAGCAAAAUAAUUUGCCUUAGGAUAAAGAAAAGGGGGAACUUGAGACAGGGAACAAGAUAAAGGAUGUUGAUUCCUAGGUCUUAGCUAGCACAAUUGUAUGUUAACGACCCCAAAGAUAGGGGAGUAAAAGACUGUAUGCAUAGAUAAGGGAACCAGCAAGAACUGGCUUGACUGCUGAAGUCUGUCAAAGACAGGAAAGGCCAGAAGAUUAGCAGUGAGGAAGACUUAUGGCCUUCAUCAAAAGACCACCAGAGUAUACCGGACGACCACCCAAGGACUCCAGUACACAUGUGAAUAGGGUCAGGAACCUACCCAAGGACUCCAGUACACAUGCGAAUAGGGUCAGGAACCAAUGUUAAUGAUUCUUCAGAGACCUGAUGAAUACGCAAGAGACUUACGGGAAAUGAAAUGAAUAUGUAUUUGUCCCACUAAUAUAAGCACACUGCCAGUAACCCUUAAGGUGUGUGUGUUAGGCAGAGCAAUCCCACACACACCCAGCGCCGUAAUAAAGAAU